CGUCAUUUCGCGACGGCCAAUCGCCAUUUUCGUCUCGAGAAUUCGCCGCGACCGCUCGAAUGGCGGCGAAGCGCCGCUCUCCCACUUCCGACGCGGAGCCCGACGGAGCGGAGGCGAGCUCGGGCUCUGAACCGGAGCCUCCGCCGCUACCCGACCCGACGGAGGCGACGCCUGUAUCGAAUUACGAGAAGCAGAGGCUGUCGAGGAUCGCGGAGAACAAGAGGAGGAUGGAGGCCCUGGGCCUCCGAAACCUGGCGAGUUCCGUGAUGGGUUCGAGUCGGAAGACGAGAAGGGGCGACGCGAAGGGCAAAAGGAAGGUGGGCGGCGAGGAGGACGACGACGACAAGGACGGUGAUUACGCGCCUGCUUUGGACGGUGACGGCGGCGAUGACGAUGGUCUUAGCGUCGACGAUGAGGAGGAUGAUCGGGAUUUUGAAGUAUCUGGGUCUGGUAAAAGAAAGGGAAAGAGAAAAGUGUCCAAACCGAAGAAGAAACCUCAGACCAAAAAGUCACCAAAUAAGUUGGAUUAUGUUGAUGAUGAUGCUGAAUUGGCGAAGGAACAGUGAGUUCGGGGCCUUUCCAAGAUGAGGCUGGCGUAAAUCUUAAAGGUAGAGUAGAAAAGACUCAGGAAAAUCCUAGAAUGCUGAAGAGGAGAAAAACGUUUACCAGCCGGGUGAAGAUGACUGAGGAUGAGCUGAUUAUGCAUUUCUUUCAGUUUGAUGGUAAUUGAUGGUUAAUGGAGUUUCCAUUUCUAUGCUUGUCAGAUGAUGGAUGGAUAUUUUUCACGUUCUUUCCUUCAUUCU